AUGGUUAUGGCGUCCGCAUCCCCUGCACAGUUCCGUCGCUUCGACACUGUCCCGCCAUCGCUUACGCGGCCUGACUUCAGUCUCAAGUCACGCACGCCCAUACACCUUAUUCAUAUAUCUAGCGCAAAACUCAAUGACCAGAUUUAUUCCUCUAGAUCUCUUUCAAUCGAGCGACGUAUCCUUCUCAAGAACUUCCUGACAUUCCUCUAUCAGCUACAACCCCUUGAAUGGAAUGAGGAAUCUUCUGUCGACAGCCAGGAUCACUGGGCAGAGAACACUCAUUCAGCAGUGAGCAUUGACCACUCCGACUUUGAGCAAGAAUACAAUUAUGAUCAUGAUUGUUCGUCCUCUUCGUCUCGUGAAGAGUUCUUUGAAGACGCUGCUACAACUUUCGGUCUAGACUGGGCAGACGAGCCCAUCCUGUCCCCUUCAGCCGCCGCCGCCGCCUCAGUCGUGACCUCUCGCAGGCGACCCCAGUUCUUACGCUCCAGCCAUGUGCCACUACCACGCCCUGUCUCAAUGGAGCUGCCCAUUGCACUGCAGUCCUACCUCUCGACUGUGUUUGAUGUUGACUGGUCUGUAGGUUUAUCCACAAAAGAAGACUCACUGUUUACCUUCAAGCCAGCGCAGCAAUCGCCACUGCGUUCCACACUUCCUCCAUCAUCCCUAGUGUCCUCUAUCUCUGAAGCAGCUGAUGAUGAGAGCUCUCGUCUACAUCAGCAAUUUUCUUCUCAGAAUCCGCCUGCUGCUGGAGACCGUCAACGCCUCCAGAGCCAUUCACAACCUAUAUUGAACAAUCGCAACGUUUCGUCAGGGACGAACUAUAGUAAAGCCGAAUAUGAUGAAAGCCAGAGUAACUUAGUUCAUCAAUACAACCAACAGCAACCUAUCCGCAAAGACAACUAUACUCAGCAAAAUCUGGCACGAUCCGCCUCGGAAAAAAAUUUCCCUUCACAGUCUGCAUCUCAGACCCAUAUCCAUAAUCAUAUUCACAUUCACAUUCACAACUAUUCACCUGAAAACCAACAGAGUAGCCAGCAUAUUGGCAGUAGUAGCCCUAGGCUGAGUCAUUCGGCACCCAUCGUCCGGUCUGCACGCUAUCCGAAACCAGAAUCUUAUCAUGGCUAUCAGUACCAGGUUGAGCCUAUGACUGUACCCCAAACUGUUGGUAGUGGAUCAUUACCCCACCUUUCAGACUUUCCUGCGCCGCCAGAAACACCACCUCAUACCGGACUCGUGGCGAUGUCAGUAGCCAGCACACAUGCCCCAGUAUCUUUGUCCUUACCAUCCAGCUCAUCCUCCGGAGUAUAUCCACCUGAAAAGACCGAAGCGUUUGUGUCGGGCGUAGAUGAAGAGCAACCCUACCUUGCAGUCGCACCUUCUGCCUCCUCUCUGUGCAUGCAUUCGUCUCUUCCACCCCCACCUUACACUCAGUUGUCUGGUGAUGAAACAUCAUCUGUAUAUGGUGGACUCGCUACCUGUUCUCGAAUAACAAAAUCUGAUCCAAUCCCAAUUGUUCAAUCACCCCUUCUUGCACCGUCCAGGCCACAGCCCCCACCAUCGCUACCAAUUUCAACGUCUUUAUCUAGUUCAGACAAUCAGAAGUUGAUUGAAUAUCAGCAAUAUGAGGAACGCAAGAAGAUGUUUUUGCAAGAGAACAAUAACAAAGAGAACGGACGAUCGUCUGAUGGUCUAGGCUUCAUUAAACAACUAUUUAAGCACGGCUCCAAAAAGAAGACACAGUCAAUGGCGGUGAUCAGUGCACCCUUGCCAGCAACUUCAUCACUCUUACUGGGUUCAAAGACGCCUUUCCUGUUGCAAGAUCUGAUCAAGCAGGAUUUGAUGAAACAGAUGUCCUCUCUCCCCCGAUCCAAAGCAGGUUGA